AUGGACCUACCGAUCGUGCUCGUCAAAAACCUCCCCUACGAUGCCUCAUCGUCACUGCUUCUUGACCUUUUCAGCAAAUACGGUCCAGUCAACCAGCUACGAAUUUCCGAUGGAUCCGCUCCCGCAGGCACGUGUUACGUGGUGUACACGGAAAUGGACGACGCUAAGAAAGCCGCUAGGGAGCUCAGUGGUAUAAAUUUCAUGAACAGGUAUCUUGUACUGGGUCUUUUCAAGGCAGAUAAAGAUGUGCUUAACGAAGCGAUACUAGAGCAGCGUCGAGAGGCACUUGAGGCGCCAGAGGAGGAGGAUGGUGAUGUGGUGAAUGAGGAAAAUGGUGAAGAAAAGUCUACUGAGGCGAAGACGGAGGAAAAGACGAAUGGGAAGUAA